AUGAAGUACAGCACCCCCCCCCCAAGGGGAGGAGGGUUCAGGUCGCUGAGUAGCUACCGGUGUCUGAGGGGGCAGGGGGAGCCAGUGCUGGAGCUGGGGAGUGACCGCCCCCCCUCCCCAGACCCAGGGUGCCAGGUGAAGGUUGCGUCACCCGCCUGCCCGCUCCCUCUCGGGCUGCUGAGUCGGCGGGGCAGCCCUGGGCGUUUCUGCUCCCGGGGGCCGGGAAUCCGCCCAGACUCCACCCCGGCCAGGAGGGAGGGGGCGGAUAAAAACUUCCAGCGCUUCCCAAACAGGCCACAGUCACUGGGCAGCCGGGUAACUCUCGGCCUCCUCCUCCCACUCUUCCUGGAGCCUUCAUUCCCGGACCUUGACUCCUACUUCCAGGGCGGAUUUUGUGGAUUAUUCGGGGGGAGGACUUUUAAGUUUGGGAAAUUUUGCGGCAUUCGGGACUGGAAUUUCGGUUGUGAUCGAGCUCCGAGCGGCGGCGGGAAGCAGCCGCAGCAGCAUCUGCGAGCGGCCGAGGCUGCUGUUGCUAGGUUCGGCUGGAGGCAGAGAGAAAGAGAGGGGGGGCGGGGAGAAGGGGAGAGGAGGCCAGAGAAAGCAGGCGGCUGUGAACCUCUUUUCCCCUCCCUCUGCCUGUUCUCGCCCCCACCCCCGCGCCCGGGCUCUCCAGCCUCCAGCUCCCGGGCAGUGGCCCUUUAA